UCCCUUAAAGGAAAACAGGAAGCAAAAAAUGAGGGACACAGUCAACUCCCAGUACAACUCCUUCCUGUACUGGAGGAUGCCCAUCCCAGAACUGGACCUGAGCGAGCUGGAACACCUGGGCUUAGCUGACAUGGCCGCCUACAAGCCCAAGGGAGGCUAUGGCAGCUUCGCAGCAGAGCGGAAGAAGCAGAACCGCAGCAUCUCCGGCGGGGAAGACGACGGCGAAGACAGCAGCCUCCUCCAGUUCAACAGUUUCAAUUUCUGGAGGGCCCCUAUAGCCUGCGUCGGCCCUUUAGAUUUCGACCUGAUCUGAGGCUGGUGGAGCUGGGCUCCUGUCCUUUAGUGCGACUAAACCUUUUGUCUACACCCCUCUUCUGACCAAUUCCCUGUAGUGUUUUACUUUUCAAAUUGUACGGCGAGGCUGAAUCGCAAAAGGCUCGCGAGAGCGCUUCUGUCGGUGUCGUCUGCCUGUGUUUCUCUCCUUCUCAUCACGUUCUGUCUCUUAUGUGUUUUUGCUGGGUGGGGAAGGGGACUGUGGUUUGCAAAACUGGGACUGAAUGUAUUUCUUGGCUGGAGGGCGAGCUGCAUUGAGAGGGCCUGAGGCGUGCCCACGUUCCUGUUUGUGGCUAUGGCAGCCGGAAGUGUGCGGGGAAUUAAGCGAGGCACGUCGCCACCCCCCUUGAUCAUGAAAAACGACUACUUACAGCUGGGUGGCUUUUGAGAUUGCAGCUAAGAUUUGGAGGAGUCGUCGGCGACUAGGCAGCCUGUGAGCAAAAUCCGGCCCGCGGGUCUUUGGCCCGUUGAGCUGCAAGCUCUGUUUCCUUCUUCCUCUUGCCGGCAGCCACUUCCAGAAAGCGUGAAAUUACAUAUCUUGCUUCUGAAUAACUCAAGAGGGAUAAUUUG